AUGUCUGAUGGAAAACCUAGUUUCUUUAUGUUUACCAUCUUACCGUUCGGUUUAUCUUCGGCGCCUUACAUCUUCACCAAGCUACUCAGACCUUUAGUUAGACACUGGCAAUCUCAGGGUAUAUACACUGUUGUUUACCUUGAUGAUGAUUUCAAUGUCGCACCUACUAAGUUGUCAAGUGAGAUUCACUCUAGCAUCAUUAGAUCAGAUCUGGUUUUGGUCGGCUUCCUAGCUAACAAAGAUAAGUCAGUUUGGGAUCCUGUGCGUUUAAUCACUUGGCUUGGUAUCAUUUGGGACGGGCUUCUAGGAGAAAUUAGCAUUACUGAACCCAGAAUAGAUAAGGCUUUGCUUCACAUUGACAACACUCUUCAAGAUCCUAGACUUUCUGCUGGAGGCCUGGCCUCCAUUGUGGGUAAGAUCAUCUCUAUGAGUCCUGUUCUAGGGAAUCUUAGCUGGAUUAUCACCAGGCAUUGCUUGAUGUCCGUAGCGGCUGCCCGAGACUGGGACAGUGUGUUUGCUCUUCAUAGGUAUUGCAUGGUAGAGCUUCAGUUUUGGAAGGAUAAUCUUUGCUCUGUUAACUCCAAAUCUGUAUCAGAUUUGGCAUCCCCUUUCAUAUCCAUUUACUUGGAUGCUAGUAAUACAGCCUGUGCAGGUCACAUUGCUGGGGUAGAUGUGCAUGCUCACAUGAUGUUUACAGAAGCAGAAUGCCAGGAGAGCUCUACUUACCGGGAGCUGUUAGCUGUUCAGUUUGUUCUUAGUUCGUUUAGUUCUUUCCUUCCUAACUCUAGGGUUAAGUGGUGGCUAGGAUCGUGCAAGUUGGCCGCAUGA